GCGGGCGGGCGAGGGCGGGGACCCGAGCCCUGAGGUCAGAGCCCGGGUCUGGGCGGAGCUCCGAGAGGUUCCCAGGGCCAUAGUCAUGGGGUCCCUGCGGUGCUGGCUGCUCUGGGUGCUUCCCCAGGUUUGGGGAAAUUCUAAGGUCCUGGAAAGCGGGCUCCCCUUCCGCAUCCUGCAGAUCUCCUCCUUCGUCAACAGCAGCUGGCAGCGCACCGACUGCUCGGCCUGGCUCGGGGAUCUGCAGACGCACCGCUGGGACAACGCCUCGGACGCCGUCGAAUUUCUGAAGCCCUGGGCUCGAGGCAAACUGAGCCAUCAGGAGUUGGAGGAGCUACAACAGAUAUACAGGGUUUAUCGAAGCAGCUUCACCAGGGACAUAUGGGAAUUUGGCAAAAUGCUACAAUUCGACUACCCUGCUGAUAUCCAGGCCUCUGCUGGCUGCGAUGUGUACCCUGGGAAUGCCUCAAAAAGCUUUCUGCAAGUAGCAUAUGAAGGAAAAUAUAUUGUGGGCUUCCAGGAAUCUUCUUGGGAGGCAGCCCCAGAUGCCCCGGCUUGGGUCAAGUUGGUCAUCAAAGUGCUCAAUGAAGACCAAGGAACAAAAGAAACAGUGCAGAAGCUCCUCAAAGACUGUCCCCACCAAGUCAGAGGCCUCCUAGAGACAGGAAAGUCAGAACUGGAGCAGCAAGUGAAGCCCAAGGCCUGGCUGUCCAGUGGCCCCAGUGCUGGGCCUGGGCAUCAGCAGCUGGUGUGCCAUGUCUCUGGCUUCUACCCAAAGCCCGUGUGGGUGAUGUGGAUGCGAGGUGAGCAGGAGCAGCCGGACACUCAGCACAGUGACGUCAUGCCCAGUGCGGAUGAGACCUGGUAUCUGCGAGCAACCCUGGAUGUGGCUGCUGAGGGGGUAGCGGACCUGGCUUGUCGAGUGAAGCACAGCAGUCUGGAAGGGCAAGACAUUGUCCUCCACUGGGCAGAUAUAAGCCACACAUCUGUGACCUCGAUUGUCUUGGCAGUAUUGGCAUUUCUGGUCCUCCUUGGGGUCCUUCUAGGCUUAAUCUUGUGGUUUAGGAGACAUCGCUUGUAUCAGGAUAUACUGUGAUUCUUCUGGCCAUGCCUGCAAUUCAGGAGACCUCCAUUUCCCAGGACUUCAUUCAGGAAUUGAGGAUGAAGAAGUGAAGAAUUCUCAUUACAUCCUUUAAACCCAAGGCAUAAAAGAAUUGAAGUUCUUUUUUGACUGUGGAAGUUUAUAGGCCUAAGUGGUUUUGUACAAACAGAAGUGCAAACUUAGAUGCCUACCAGAAACAAGUAGACAAUGGCUAGAGUGUAAGUGCCUGUGGUUAUUGUUUGAGUAGAGGAAUCUGAACUGAGCUGAAAAGCACACAUCCUGUCCCAGUAGCUGCCGUGGUUUGUUGAAAGUGCAGUCAGACCCUGGUUUGGCUGUAACCUGCAUUUGUCAAGAAAAUAAGCUGGAUUUUUUUUUUUCUGACAUAGCCACAUUAAAGUUGAAAGCUGAACUCAAAUUUACUGUGUGUGAGACAUCUCACAGAUAAACCUGCUGGCGGAUGCCCAUAGGAAUUUCCAGCUUGUGCCUCUUUUAUAGGUAUUCCCCCCGCCCCUGAUGAUUUAUUGGCAGUAUUAGGAAUGUUUCUAGUGUAAAUUUGGAUUUACGACUAUUCCCUACUGUCUUUCUUUCUCUCUUUAUACUAGGGCUAAAAAUCAGGG